CAUUCCCCUCUUGUUUUCCGACCACAACCAUGUCCAAAGCGGAUUAUUCGGUUAUGCUUGUUGUGGCCCUCAGCCUCGCUGUCGCUCUCAGCCCUCUCGUCGACGCCCAGUGCACCGGCAGCCGCGCGCUUCGUGACCCUUCGGGCUGUCCCGACUACACCUGCAAGGUCAAGGGCUGCGCCUUUAGUUCAGCCGCUACUGGUGCCACCGACUGCGUGUACGCGAACAAGCCGUGCAACAUCUGCAACCCGAACGCAGGCAAGAAGGCCGACUUUAUGUUCAUUGUCGAUACCUCGGGCUCGAUGCGAAACGAGAUCGAGGGCGUUCGCAGCGGACUCAGUAACUUUGUCAACUACGCCAACACGCUAGGCGUCGACUCUCGCUUUGGGGUCAUCAUGUACGGCUCAAGCCUCGGCAACCACCAGCACUACAUCCAGCCGCUGACCUCGAACGUGCAAGACGUGCUUGAUGCACUCCAGUUCCUCGCCGACAACGUCGGCGGUGGCUGGGAGCCGUUCCUGGAGGGCAUGCGCAUCGCCAUGAACACUGCGCCGGACCUCACCAAGUACCUCAACACCAUGCCCACCCCCGCCAACAAGGUCCUCUCCACCGCACCGGUCCAGUGGCGGGCAGACGCCACCAAGAACCUCAUCGUUCUCACCGAUGAGGACUCGGACCGGCCGUAUGAAACUCCGAAUCGCUACAACAGCAUGCCCAGUACCGACGCAUCGUGCUCCACCUCUGGUGCGAAUGACGGCUUUACCGCGAGCGGCUUCCCUCUCGAGCGCGACGCCGUCGUCGCCGACGCCAUUGCCAACGACUUCCGCACCUACUUUAUGGUUCAGCCGGGCGCAACCUGUACCGACUACCAGUCUGGCGUGAUUGGUGCGCAGGUCCAGUGGGACGACUUCAGCCACUUCUCCGCCGACCUCACCCUCCAGGAGUACCGCAAACUCGCAGCGCCUCUCCAGAACUCGUUCCAGGCCCAGAUGCUGCGCGCCGGCAAGAUCUCGCGCGUCUACAACGUGCUCGACGUUGACGAGCCCUCGUUUGUGAACAACUUCUUCACCUCACUCCUCGACGACACCACCCUGUGCGACAAGUGCAAGUCGUCGGUCUGCGUCGACGACACCUGUGUCGACGCCGACCUCUGCGUCGACAACGAUCCGUGCACGACCGACACGUGCGACGCCACGGGCGCCGACGCCCGCUGCAUCUUCACCCCGAUCAGCUGCGGCUCCAAGCCCGGCGACCCGUGCACCAACCUGCUUUGUGAUCCGGCGACCGGCUCGUGCAGCAUCGAGGUGCCGUUUGUGUGCAACGAGGUGCCGUCGGACGUGUGCUUCGAGUACCAGUGCCAGGCCAACUCGGCCGAUCCGCCUCAGCCCGAGUGCGUCGUCGUCGACCGUGUCUGCCAGGUCCAGUCCGACCCGACCAACGAGUGCCUCGAGGCGACGUGCCACAAGCGCGUCGGAUGCAUCGAGGGCCCGACGGCCAACAAGACCAAGACGCAGUGCUUCAAGCCCGAGGGCUGCGAUCCUCCGUGCGGCCCCAACGGCGGGUGCUCGCUCGAGGGCUCGUGCGUCUGCACCGACGGGUGGUCCGGCCCGCAGUGCUACAUUCCGCCGUGCAACGCAACGUGCGGCGGCAAUGGGACGUGUGUUGUCCGCAUCGACGCGGACUGCGACGUGUCCGGCCUGCCCAACAAGGACAUUCCUGGCGAGUGCUUUGUGUCGCGGUGCCAGUGCAACCCCGGGUACGUCCCGCCGUUCUGCACGCUCCCGGCUCGCGCUCCGGCCCCUCAGAUUCUCAACGAGACGACGAUUGCCAUCGGCGCCACCGUCGCCGUUCUAGCCAUUGUCGCUGCCAUUGUCCUCGCUUUUAUUCUCUGGCGAGUCAAGAAGCUGGCCAACGAGGUCGCCGAGCUCGACGCCUUUGCCAACGCCGAGUCCAUCGGGGACAACCCGCUGUACUCGGAGGCCAACGGCUGGAAGGCGAACGCCAUCCACGAGUAACUGCUUCUGUUCCUUGCUCUCUAGCGCGGGGACCCGUCCGGCCAAACGUCAUCCCCCUUUCCCCCAUUUUGCCCCAACAAAAAGCCACCCAACCCA